ACAUGGAGGGAGGGACCGGAGCCGCCUUCUCCAGUGUGUGCUCUGCCGCGCUGGCCGCGGGGACCCUCGGCACUGGGACCGGCCUGGAUGGACCUCACAGAAUGAUGAAGUCCUCUGUCCAUCCAGAAGAAGAUGACUUUGUGCCAGAGCUGCAGAGGAGCAUCCACCCCCGGGAGAGGCCGGACUGGGAAGAGACGCUCAGCGCGAUGGCCAGAGGAGCUGACAUCCCCGAGAUCCCGGGGGAGCUGCCACUGCGCUCCUGCGGCAGCACCGCCAGCAUGAAGGUGAAGAACGUCAAAAAAUACAUCCCCCCGGGACUGAUGGGCUGUGAUGCCUUUCACAGGUUAUCCUUCACCAAGGGGCACUUCCCGAAGAUGGCUGAGUGUGCACAUUUCCACUACGAAAACGUGGAUUUUGGCAACAUACAGCUCUCGCUCCCGGAGGAACAGAACGAAGUGACGAGGAAUGGCUGUGACUCCAAGGAACUGGUCUACCUGGUGCAGAUCUGCUGUCAGCCUUGGAAUAUCAGGAUGUGA